AUGCAGCCCUUCGGCAGACACUAUGUGGUGGUCAGACCUCUGUUUUCAGAGGAUUCCUUCGCAGAGCAACACGAGAGGAUCAACAGGAAGCGCAAAACACUACGUCACCAUCUCAAAGUAUGUUGUAGUUGUGAUGCGAAACGAGCAAAGAACACAGCACUUUCACUUUUUCCAUUCACUGGAUGGAUGAAGGACUAUAAAAUCAAAGAAUGGCUACUAGGUGACAUUGUUUCAGGCAUCAGCACUGGACUAGUGGCAGUGCUACAAGGACUUGCAUUUUCUUUGCUGGCCUCUUUACCUCCGGGAUAUGGACUAUAUACUGCAUUCUUCCCUGCAAUAAUCUACUUCUUUUUAGGCACUUCCAGACACCUGUCAGUGGGGGCUUUUCCGAUUCUGAGUCUAAUGGUGGGCGCUGUUGUGACACGACUAGCGCCUGAUGAGGGACCCUCAGUUAACAUCACUGGAUUUGAAGGGUUGAGCCUGAAGCAACAGAGAGUUCUAAUUGCUUCCUCUGUUACUUUUCUCAUGGGAGCAUUUCAGCUCAUAAUGGGGCUGCUGCAGGUGGGCUUCAUAGUCAUGUAUCUGUCAGAAACUCUGGUGUCAGGAUUCACCACCGCAGCUGCUGUUCACAUUUUGGUUACCCAGCUCAGGUUUGUGCUGGGCCUGGACUUUCCAGGUAUAAACGGGCCACUUGCCAUCAUAUAUACUUUGGUGGAAGUUUUUAGCCGAAUCACUGACACAAAUGUGGCUGACCUGGUGACAUCUAUUGUGAUCAUGGCACUGGUGCUUAUUGUGAAGGAGAUAAAUUACAGAUUCAAGUCUAAACUACCUGUGCCGAUACCUAUAGAAGUUAUCAUGACUGUUAUCGCGUGCGGAGUCUCUUACGCAUUCAACUUUGAAGAACGAUUUGACGUGGUCAUUGUUGGGGAGAUGGUGAACGGAUAUGAAUCUCCAGUUGCUCCAAACCUGGAAGUCAUUGAGGAGACAGCGGUGGAGGCUUUCCCUAUGGCCAUAGUAGGAUUUGCUGUGGCUUUCUCAGUAGCUAAAGUCUACUCAGUCAAACACGAUUACACGAUUGACGGAAACCAGGAGCUCAUUGCCUUUGGAAUAAGCAACAUGUUUGGAGCAUCUUUCCGCUCAUUCGCCGCAAGCACAGCACUUUCUAGGACAGCCAUACAGGAGAGUACAGGAGGAAAGACGCAGAUAGCUGGAGUUCUUUCAGCCAUGAUGGUAUUGAUUGUGAUAGUCGGAGUAGGAUUUCUUCUUGAGCCGCUACCCAGGUCUGUUUUGGGCGCUCUGGUCAUCGUCAAUCUAAAAGGCAUGCUGAUGCAGUUCAGAGAGCUGCCGUUUCUAUGGAGGAAUGACAGGCCGGAUUUUGUGACCUGGAUGGUGACCUUCGUGGCAUCUCUGUUCCUGGGUCUGGAUCUGGGUUUGGCUGUGGGUAUCGGGGCAGAAUUGUUCACUGUGGUCUACAGAACUCAAUUCCCACGUUGUUCUGUCCUGGCCAAUAUUUCAGGAACUGACCUCUAUAGAGAUCGUAAAGACUACACAUCUAUUUACGAACCUGAUGGUGUUAAAAUAUUUAAAAUCCCCUCACCCAUCUUCUUCGCUAACAUCGAUUUCUUUAGAGAUAAACUGGUCCAAGAAGUGGGUUUUAAUCCAAUGAGAGUGUUGAGGAAAAGAAACAAAGCCCUGCGAAAGAUCAGAAAAAUGUUGUGCAAUGGAGAACUUGAGGUGUCAGAUAGGGGCCUUGUACUGAGACAGCCAUCAGUUGACACAUCAGAAAACAGUAUGGAGGAUCUUGACCAGCCCAUAGACUUCUCAGAUCUCCCAAUCCAGGUGAACUGGAACUCACAACUGCCUGCCAACAUCUCCGUCCCUCCGGUCAAAAUCCACAGUUUGAUCUUGGAUUUCUCUGCAGUCUCCUUCAUCGAUGUAUCUGCACUCAAGGGUCUUAAAGCGACCUUGAAAGAGUUUAUACGAAUCGAGGUGGACGUCUACAUAGUUUCAUGUGAUGUGUACAUCAUGGAGAAGCUUCAGCAAUGUACAUUUUUUGAUGACGAAAUUAAAACUUCCAUCUUUUAUCCCACACUUCAUGAUGCCAUGUUGCACAUUCUGGAGAUGCAUCCAGAUCAAGGCGAACUAGAAAAGGAUAUAAACAUAAACUAUGAAGUCAUCCAGAGAGACAGUUUAACUGUGUGAUGAGGAACAGAAAACCUUGCUGAAAUACUGUUUAAAUCACAUGGAAUGGUUAUGGGCU